GUGUGUGUGUGUGUGUGGAUGUGAUCCUCUCAGACUGACGUCUCUCCGGUAGCGCAGAAGAAGAAGAAGACCGCAGCCGGGUUCCUCCACACACUGAGCGCAGCCAGGCACAAGGCAGCCGCCGGCCGCAGACCGAGGACGCAGGAAGCCAAAGUUAAAGCGGGGAGGAAGCAGGAGUUUCUCAACAUGUUCAACCUGCGGAAAGCUGCGUUCAGACACGCUCAGCCAGCGACUGUUUGAUUCCUCUGGAGUGCUGCUGCUGUGCUUUUCUUUUUUUCCUCCCUCUCUCUUUAUUAAACCUCUGAUGUGAAGAACCGAACCUCUUUCCAGCUGAAACGAUGUGGACCUCUCAUGAUACUGUUGGAUUUGUUUUCCUUGCGGGAUUCUGUGUUCAGUUGGGAUUCUCCCUUGAAGGUCGCUUUACGGACCUGCCCUCCAACAUGACCGUUAAAGAGGGCCAGAACAUAGAAAUGGCGUGCGCCUUCCAGAGCAGAACUACAUCCGUGUAUUUGGAGAUCCAGUGGUGGUUCGUGAAAGCUCCGGAGCCCACGGACAGCGAGGAGGCCCUUGACGCUGAAGAGAUGGAGAUGAUACCAGAGCCUGAUCCUUAUGAUGAGGGGACAAAAAUAAGUACAGUGAAGGUCCAAGGCAAUGACAUCUCCCACAAGCUACAGAUCUCCAGAGUCAGCAAGAAUGACGAAGGACUCUAUGAGUGCCGGGUGACCAGAGCCAACUAUGGAGAGAUUGUGGAAUACAAAGCCCAAGCCUGGCUUAAGGUCAACGCCACAGCCAGGCCUCGACGGCCACUGCCCCCCGCCAAGAAGAGCUCCCCACUGCACCUGAAAGAUAAUAAGCCAAGAAAGUCCACCUCACCAUUGAGCCAAGACAACAUGAGUUCAGACCAGAGGGUGGCCUCCACAUCCACCUCCCACACAUCCUCCAAUACAGCUAAACGCAUCCCCAGCUCAGGUAGGAGCUUGGUCCAUUGUGGAACCCAAUGCAAUUCAUACAUCAGUGACUUCACAUAUUGAAUGU